AUGCCUCCCCGGAUCACCGCCAUAACCGCCGCGCAGCGGCUCGACUCCCGCGGAAAGCCCACUGCCCAAGUUGUCCUGACAACCCAGGAUGGGCGAUUCACCGCCAUAGUGCCCUCCGGUGCCUCCAAAGGCGAUUACGAGGCGAUUGAACUGCGCGACGGCGAUGAAACCAUGUACGAUGGCAACAGCGUCCAUCGCGCGGUAGACAAUGUUCGGAACGUCCUUGGGCCAGAGCUCGUUGCCAAGGGAUUCGACGUGGCAACACAGCAGGCUGAGAUCGAUAGUCUAAUGCGCGAGCUAGAUGGCACAGAAGAUAAAGGGCGCCUAGGUGCCAACGCGAUUCUCGGUGUUAGCAUGGCGGUUGCAAGGGCGGGCGCGGCGGCAAAGGGACUGCCACUGUACCGACACAUUGCAAUCAUAGCGGGCCGAGACACUGAAGAAUUCGUGAUGCCAGUUCCGUUCUUCAACGUCUUGAACGGCGGUGUUCAUUCGGGCAACCCUAUGGCAUUCCAAGAAAUGAUGAUUGCGCCAGUAGCUGCCCAAUCCUUUAGUCAUGCCGUACAGAUUGGUGCUGAAGUGUACGCACACCUGAAGGCCAUCCUGAUCAAACGUUUCGGGCGCUCAGCAGCAGGUAUCGGCGAUGAGGGUGGCUUUGCACCACCAAUCUCUCUACCACACGAAGCCCUAGAUCUUCUGAGCGACGCCAUCGAAGCUGCUGGCCACAAGGGCCGGGUCAAGAUCGGGAUCGAUCCAGCGAGCACCGAGUUCUUUGACGCGGAAUCUAUGACCUACAACCUGGGUAUGAAAUGGGCCAAACCUCACAAUUUGUCUCGACAAGAUAUGAUGGAGCUGUACCACAAGCUUCUGGACAAAUAUCCAAUUGUGCUCCUGGAGGAUCCCUUCGCUCAGGACGACUGGGCUGCUUGGACAGAGUUCAACAAGAACUGUCCGGUUGAGUUGGUUGGAGAUGAUUUGCUAGCAACCAAUAUCGGACGUGUCAACGAGGCAGACCAGAAGAAGGCAUGCAACAGUCUCCUUUUGAAAAUCAACCAGAUUGGGACCAUCUCAGAAGCCAUCGAAGCGGCCAAGCGAGCAUAUGCCCUCGGCUGGGCUGUCUUCGUUAGUCAUCGCAGUGGUGAAACGACGGAUGAUUUCAUUGCCGAUCUCUGCGUCGGUCUAGGGACCGGCCAUCUCAAGAGCGGAAGCCCUUGCAGGGGUGAGCGUGUGGCUAAGUACAACCGGCUGAUGGACAUUGAGGACGACUUGAGAGCUGAAGAUAGCCGGGUUAGAUAUGCUGGAGAUGCGUUUCGGCUCGCGUGGCAGAGUCUCUAG